AUGACAACGAAUGGAGAUCAACGUCUAGGAGAUGGUUUAACUAGAGAACCAACACAGAAUUCACCUAGGGAACCAAGGCCAUUGGAAGACAACAAUCAAUCAGAUUAUCAACAAUUAUUCGAUUCCAAAGUGCAACACUUUUUAAAUCAAUUUGUUGAAAUGAAUUACCAGUGGAAAUCAAAUCAGUCGACAACAAAUCCGUCAACUUCACUGCCGAAUAUUUUUGAUUCACAGACAAAAGAGCAACGACUCAGUGAACACUUACGGCAUCAUGCUUUUCAGAGUUGAAUACGAAUACAACUGGAUCUGUACAAUAUCAUGGAUCUAGACCGCUAGCUCCAACAAACUUUUCUAGUGAAUCAUUUAAGCAAUUGACUCAGAGUAUUUCUCCAACAAUAUCUACAACAAAUUACCAUAAUACUAAUGAUGCUGGAUUUCUUAAUGAAUCAUUAAUCGC